CUACUGUUGCUGCUACUGCCACAUUUCUUGCAUAAAAUCACCAACUGACGGGCACAAUAUCAACAAGCCUUAUAACUGCUACUCACACUACCUUACUCAUCCUCCCAUCCAGACGUGUCUCUGCUGUAAAAACCAGCCACUCCUGCUUCGCUUCGACUUCCACUCGCCAAAGUCCUACCCGCAUCGCAUCCCGAUUGUCGACCAACAACAUCACCACAACAACCCUAAUCGUACCCCGCGCUUCGCCUCACCAUGGUGCGAGAAACCAAAUACUACGAUGCCCUGGGCGUCUCCCCCGAUGCCGACGAUGCAAAACUCAAGACGGCAUACCGAAAAGGCGCUCUGAAGCACCACCCCGACAAGAACGCCCACGACCCUGGAGCUGCCGAAAAGUUCAAAGAGAUUUCACAUGCAUACGAGAUUCUGUCAGAUCCGCAAAAGCGCCAGAUUUACGAUCAGUAUGGUGAGGAGGGGCUGGAACAAGGCGGUGGAGGAGGCCCGGGCGGCAUGGGCGCCGAGGAUCUCUUUGCACAGUUCUUCGGAGGCGGCGGAGGUGGUGGUUUCGGUGGCAUGUUUGGUGGUGGCAUGAGAGAACAAGGUCCCAAGAAGGCGCGGACGAUCCACCAUGUACACAAGGUCUCGCUCGAGGAUGUCUACAAAGGCAAGGUCUCCAAGCUCGCUUUGCAAAAGUCCGUCAUUUGCUCCAAGUGCGAUGGGCGUGGUGGUAAGGAGGGCGCAGUCAAGACCUGUACCGGCUGCAAUGGUGUCGGUAUGAAGACGAUGAUGCGCCAGAUGGGUCCGAUGAUUCAGCGUUUCCAGACCGUCUGCCCCGACUGCAAUGGUGAGGGAGAGUCGAUCCGAGAGAAGGACAAGUGCAAGCAGUGCAACGGCAAGAAGACGGUCAUCGAGCGCAAGGUGCUGCAUGUGCAUGUCGACCGUGGUGUACAAAACGGCACCAAGAUCGACUUCCGGGGCGAAGGCGACCAGAUGCCUGGUGUGCAGCCUGGAGAUGUACAGUUCGAGAUUGAGUGCAAGCCGCACCCACGUUUCCAGCGCAAGGGCGACGACCUCUUCUACCACGCCGAGAUUGAUCUUCUGACUGCUCUCGCGGGUGGUGCCAUCUACAUUGAGCACCUUGACGAUCGGUGGUUGACGGUGGAGAUUCUGCCCGGAGAGGUGGUUUCACCAGGCGAGGUCAAGGUCAUCCGCGGGCAAGGAAUGCCAUCAUACAGACACCACGACCACGGCAAUCUCUACGUCCAAUUCGACGUAAAAUUCCCCGAGCGCCUCAGCGGCCCACCCGACGCAGACGGCUACCCGACAUCGCUCGCGCCCGAGCAGAUCAAGGCUCUCGAGAGUGUCCUUCCUCCACGCCAGCCACAGAAUAUCCCACCUGCCGAUGCCAUGACCGAAGACUAUGCACUCGAAAAGGUCGACCCGUCACAAGAGGGCGAGCGCCUGGCAAGAGGUGCCACUGAUGAAGAUGACGACGAGAUGGGCGGUGGUGAAAGAGUGCAGUGUGCCUCGCAGUAAACGAUACCCAUGAUGUGCGGAGGCAGGCAGGCAUAGACAGAGACAGACACGAGAUUUAUGAUGCACGACAUGCCGGGGCAUGGGAUAGAGAUUGAACGAGUUGCCGCUACCUCUACACAAACGAGCUGCAGUCUCGACCAUUUCGGCAGCGGUAUGUUUUUCAUCCUAAUUCCAUCGAUCGAGCAGACUCGGCAUGCUCCCAUAGUAUAGAGAUUUUUUACCUUUUUUUUGGCCAAGUCUAUGCUUUGCUGGUAUCUUUUGGUUUUUGGUGGUUGCGAUCAACAUAUACAUAUUACGUGUGUGUGUGUGGCAUAUGUAUUGUAUCAUACCUAGGUAGGUAGGUAGGUAGGUAGGUAUCUAGGUAAUUCUAGAUAUCUAUUGGAUGUCUUGAAGGAAUUGAC